AUGGGUGCUUACGACGAUGAGGAAGAUAUAGAAAAUCAACAAGAGAAUAAUGACAUACAUGAGGAUGAAGACCUUGUUACUACGGUUGAACCUUCUACCCAGUGGACUAGUUUUAGAAGAAACCUUGCUGUUAAAACAAGAGGUCGUGGGAAGAACAAAAGAAAAUGGAAUAAUGAGGAGGAUGCUAAGCUUGUGGAGGCACUCCUUGAGAUGGUAAAUCUUGGAACAUAUAAGGCUGAAAAUGAGUUCAAACCUGGCUACUUGAACUAUGUCGAGGACAAGUUGCGAGUCUCAUUGCCUAGCUCUGGAUUCAAGGCUAAACCACAUAUUGAGUCAAGAAUUAAGACAUUGAAGAGAGACUUCAAUAUUGUGUAUGAUAUGUUAAAUGGUCCAAAUACAAGUGGAUUUGGUAUGGAUCCUAUAAGAAAAUGCAUCGUAGCCGAAAAGUCCGUAUGGGGUCCCUACAUUGAGAGUCAUCCUACCCAUGCAAUCUGGCGAAAUAAGGCUUUCCCCUUAUAUGAUGACUUGGUCAUUAUUUUUGGAGAAGAUCGUGCUACUGGAGGAAAUGCCGAAGGUCCUAAUGAUAUGAUGGAAGAUAUACAAAGGGAAGAUGUCAAUCUUAAUGCUGAUAAUGACGUCGAAGCAACAUCCGAAAUUGGUCUUGAUGAUUUAGAUGCUUCAUUUUCUCCAUUACAGUCCCCAAGAUCUGCAGCAGUUGACAAGAGGAAGAAAAGAAAAAGAAGUGUUGAUAACUUAACGGCUAUGACAGACAUAAAAGAGGCAGCUUCGAUUAUUGGAAGUGAAAUUGCUAAAGCUAGUGAAAUUUUUGGUAAAGCUAUUGGAGUUGAUGCUGAAAUUUCAGAAAAGAGACAAAGGAUUGAUUCAGAGAUAAGGAAGAUUCCCAAUCUAGCUGUGGUGGAUGUUAUUAAAGUUGUGUGUCGUAUCGCUCAAUCGCCCGAGUUAACCGACGUAUUUUUAAGCAUGACUGAAGAAGGAAGAGAGCAGUUGGUUAUGGCCAUCAUAAGUGGCCAAGUUUAAAAAUCGUCUAUUUUUUUUAUCUUCAAAUUUAUAAUAUCGUCACUACUUAUUUUAUCAAGUUCAAGUUUCUAUUGAAAGAUACAGUCGUACAUUUGUUUUUAUUUUAGUUGAG